AUGAAGCAUCUGGCCAUCCUUGUGCUGUGGUGUCUGCCAUUCUGCUCAGCUUAUACCUUGAAGAGGGCUGCAAAGGAGGACGCCAGCAUGGGUCUUGUCCAGAAAUAUCUAGAAAACUACUAUAGUCUCACAAAAGAAGUAAGACAGUUUUUCAGAAGAAGAGACAGUGACUCUCUUGUUGGAAAAAUCCAAGAAAUGCAGAAGUUCCUUGGGUUGGAGGUGACGGGGAAGCUGGACUCCAGCACCCUGGAGGUGAUGCACAAGCCCAGGUGUGGCGUCCCCGAUGUCAGGCACUUCAGCACCUUUCCCGGCAUGCCGAAGUGGAGGAAAACCCACCUGACUUACAGGAUUGUGAAUUAUACACCAGAUUUGCCAAGAGACGCUGUUGAUUCUGCCAUUGAAAGAGCUCUGAAAGUCUGGGAGGAGGUGACUCCACUCACAUUCUCCAGGGUGUAUGAAGGAGAGGCGGACAUAAUGAUUUCUUUCGCAGUUGGAGAACAUGGAGACUUUUUGUCUUUCGAUGGACCAGGAGAGAGUUUGGCUCACGCCUAUCCACCUGGUCCUGGGGUUUAUGGUGAUGUUCACUUUGAUGAUGACGAGAAAUGGACGGAGGAUGCCUCAGGGACCAAUUUAUUCCUGGUUGCUGCUCAUGAACUUGGCCACUCCCUGGGUCUCUUCCACUCGGCCAACACUGAAGCGCUGAUGUACCCAGUCUACAACUCACUCACAGACCUGGCCCGGUUCCGCCUUUCUCAAGACGAUGUGGACGGCAUUCAGUCCCUCUAUGGACCUCCCCCUGCCUCCUCUGAUGACACCCCGGUGCCCACGGAAUCUGUCCCUCCGCAACCUGAGACACCAGCCAUGUGUGAUCCCGCUUUGUCCUUCGACGCAGUCAGUACCCUGAGGGGAGAAGUCUUGUUCUUUAAAGACAGAUAUUUCUGGCGCAGGACCCACUGGAACGUCAGACCUGAGUUUCAUCUGAUUUCUGCAUUUUGGCCCUCUCUGCCAUCGGACUUGGACGCAGCAUAUGAAGAUCGUAGGAAGGAUACUGUUUUCAUUUUUAAAGGAAAUCGGUUCUGGGCAGUCAGAGGAAAUGAGGUACAAGCCGGUUACCCAAGAAGUAUCCAUAUUCUGGGUUUUCCUCCAACCAUAAGGAAAAUUGAUGCUGCUGUUUCUGAUAAGGAAAAGAAGAAAACCUACUUCUUUGUGGAGGACAAAUACUGGAGAUUCGAUGAAAAUAGCCAGGCCAUGGAGCAAGACUUCCCCAGACUAAUAGCUGAGGACUUCCCAGGAGUUGAACCCAAGGUUGAUGCUGCAUUACAGGCAUUCGGAUUUUUCUAUUUCUUCAGUGGAUCGUCACAGUUUGAGUUUGACCCCAACGCCAGGACGGUGACACACGUACUAAAGAGUAACAGCUGGUUACAUUGUUAG